UUAGUUGACUGUACAUCAGAGUUGUAGCGACAGCAGGUCACAAUGAAGAUCUUGCUUUUUGUGACCCUCCUGGGUCUACACAGCGCGGCGGCAGUGACUCACUCUCUGAAGUAUUUCUUCACUGGGUCCUCUCAAGUCCCAAACUUUCCAGAGUAUGUGGUUGUUGGGAUGGUUGAUGAUAUUCAGAUUGAUUACUAUGACAGCAACACCAUGAAAGCAGAACCCAAACAGGACUGGAUGAGCAAAGUCACAGCAGAUGAUCCACAGUACUGGGAGAGGGAGACUGGGAAUUGUUUGGGUACCCAGCCGGCCUUCAAAGCCAACAUUGAAACUGCAAAGCAGCGCUUCAACCAAACUGGAGGUGUCCAUAUUGUCCAGAGGAUGUACGGCUGUGAAUGGGACAAUGACACAGGAGUGGUUAAUGGUUUUAGACAGGAUGGUUAUGAUGGAGAAGACUUCAUAGUAUUGGACCUGAAGACAGAGACAUGGGUCGCUCCAAAACCACAGGCUGUCAUCACCAAACACAAGUGGGAUAGUAAAAAAGCUGAAAUCGCACAGUUCAAACAUUAUCUCACCCAGAUUUGCGUUGACUGGCUGAAGAAGUAUUUGGACUAUGGGAAGAGCUCUCUGCUGAGAACAGAGCUUCCCUCAGUGUCUCUCCUCCAGAAGACUCCCUCCUCUCCAGUCAGCUGCUUCGCUACAGGUUUCCACCCUCACAGAGCUGAAAUGUUCUGGAGGAAAGAUGGAGAGGAGCUUUAUGAGAACGUGGAACGUGGAGAGAUCCUCCCCAACCACGAUGGAUCCUUCCAGAUGAGUGCUGACCUGAACCUUUCAUCAGUCACACCUGAAGACUGGAGGAAGUACGAAUGUGUGUUUCAGCUCUCUGGUGUGAAGGACGACAUCAUCACCAAACUGGACAAAAGAGAAAUUCAGACGAAUUUUGGCAAGACUGGAAUCAGAAGUGAUGGAAGUUCUUCAGAGUUUCCUGUUGGUGUUGUCAUUGGAGUUGUUGUCGUGCUGCUGCUCCUGGUAGCCGCCAUCGUUGGAUACGUCCUCUGGAAAAAGAACAAUAAUGGGUUUAAACCUGCUAACACUUCAGGCACUUCUUCAUCAUCAUCUUCAUCAUCGGCUCAAGUUCCAGUUCCUAACUGAUGACAGACAGGAUGGUUAUGAUGGAGAAGACUUCAUAGUAUUGGACCUGAAGACAGAGACAUGGAUCGCUCCAAAACCACAAGCUGUCAUCAC